AUGUUGAGAAGAGUUUGUUUUGUCAUUUUUGUCUUGAUUGUGUUAAUUUCACACUUCGGUGAAUGCGAAGAAAAUGUAGAAUCCGAUACUUUCUAUGAAGUUGACAUCAAUGAUGUAGAUGACCAAUGGCCGAUCCGGUUUGGAGUUAAAUUUUGGGACUGGGGACCAAAACGAUACAAGAAAAUUAUCAAAAGCCUGGGUCCAGUUUUCAACACCGGCCAUUGGCCAACGUUAUGGGAGGUUUCGUCGUCGGCCCCGGCUCCCUGGGAAGCAGACGACGAACGUAUGGACAUGUGGGUGAAAUCCAUCUACAGAAAUUUGCAAGAUAAAAAAACUACGAUGAGGGAAACCAGUGAAAUCCAUAGAAAUGCAUCAAUACAAGUCAUCGGAAAAUUUCUUGGCGUGCCUGAAGCAUACUCCCUAGCUUACCAACAAAAGGAAUACAGAGCAAAGAAAAAAGCCGAAGAGGAAGGGAAGGAAUACGAUGAAAGUGUUUAUUACUACAAUACUUUGGAUUGGGACAGAAGAGAUGAUCUUGCUAAGUUUUUUGCGUCUUCUGUUAACAUUUCCACAUCAUUUGGUACAAGCUUGCCAUAUAUAGAAAUGAUCGAUCGCCCUGCUAUUGCCAGUAAAGAGGAAUUGUAUGUAGCACCGGAGCAAUACACUUAUUUAGUAAAGAAAACUCGAGAAGAAUUAGAUGCACGCGGGCUAACUGAAGAUAAAGUUAAAAUAAUGUGUCCAGGAGUGGACUACCCAGGACAGCUUCGUCCAUAUUUGAAAAAGUUGGCCGAAGACAAGGAGGCAUACGACAAGUUACAUGCAAUUACAACCCACAUCCCUGACAACGGUGGAUCUUUGCUCGACGUUCAACAUAUGGCGGAAAAAUUGAGAGACGAUAUAAAAAACAUUUUACCAUCAGACUGGGAACCUAAACGUGUAGUAGUUUCUGAAUUUUUCUACAACGGUACAGAUGAUAUCGAAGUAGAUGGAAUGCGAUUUAAUGGAAAUAUUUAUAAAUGUUAUGACGAUAAAUAUCAAAGAACUGGUCACAUGAUUUUAAAAGAUUGCCUGGCUCAGACUCCGUGGUAUGCCGUGCGUAUGUUGGCUGGUCUGACAAUUCAGUUAUCCCAUGGACUUCCUUGGGUUGUUUACAAUCAGGGUGCUGAUCAAUGGUGGGAACGAACGUGCGACGGAUUGAUAGAUCGUGAUGAAAGACCGAAGCAAAUUUUAGCUGCGUUUGAAUCAUUACUUCCAUACCUGACUAAUGAAACCUAUCCAAUUCGAAAACAAUGGAAGAAUACGGAUGACUGCUAUAUCUCCGCUUUCAAAAGUGUUAAAUCCAAGCUUCGAGUAGUUGUGGCUGUCACAAACUUCUCCCCGAAAGUUUGCGAAAGAAGCUUUAGCCUGCGGGGGAUUGACUUAUGGGAUAUACAAAAAUCAAGAAUCAUUACUUACAAUAACGGAACGGUAUCAAUUACUGCUAAUAAACCAUACAGAGCUUUAUUAACUGAGAAAUUACUCAAUUACGACGUAUAUGACGUGGAAGACGGGGUCAAAACAGGACCAGAAAUUGAAUUUGACUUGACAGUUGGACCUUAUGCUUCGGCAACUGCUAUCAUAGACGCUAAAGCACCAAAGAGAAAGAAAAAAACUAAUAAUAAGGAAAAGUCGGAUCAUACAGAACUGUAACGCACACAGAAAGAAUGCAUUAAACAUUGAACUAUACUAUAUAAUUUGCCGAAUCUGGUUCGGAUUUGAGAAAUUUGUCAUCUUGUCUGGUUUUCUAAAUUAGUAUUAAUUAGUAUUUAUUCAGAAAAAAUAUAUCAGAUUUCAGAACCUCUGUUAUAAGUAUUUACAUUUUUUCUUAUUACAAAAUAAUUAAAUUUCGAACCUUACUACAAAUACUUUUUUCUUAAAAUUGAGAGUUAUCCGAACUAUUGUUAUUUUUUCGUCAAUAAAGCAUAUCUGAUAUUGAGUAUUAGCAUAAAUAUAUUGAAUA